CGUGGACUUAACAACAUCACCAUAAAGAACAAAUAUCCUUUACCUUUGAUCAGUUCUGCUUUCAAGUCUUUACAGGGAGCCACCAUCUUCUCCAAACUGGACCUGCAGAAUGCCUACCAUCUUGUCAGGAUCAGAAAGGGAGAUGAGUGGAAGACACGUUUCAAUACCCCCCUUGGCCACUUUGAAUACCUGGUGAAAUUUAUUCACGACCAGACGUCUGCGAACCCCAAAUACAGGGGUUUCUUCCAUGGAGUUGGAGAAAUAGUCAGACAGCAAGGUCUAAGAGGAUCUUACCAGGGUCUCACUGCCACUGUCCUCAAACAAGGCUCCAACCAGGCCAUUCGAUUCUUUGUAGUGACCUCUCUGAAGAACUGGUAUAAAGGUGAUGACCCCAACAGGGAAAUGAAACCCCUGGUGACCGAUCUCUUUGGAGCCAUAGCAGGAGCAGCCAGUGUGUUUGGAAACACUCCACUGGAUGUCAUCAAGACCCGGAUGCAGGGUCUGGAGGCUCAUAAAUAUAAAAGCACAGUUGACUGUGCUGUGAAGAUCCUGAGAUAUGAAGGCUUGGCUGCUUUCUAUAAAGGGACGGUCCCUCGUCUGGGCCGCGUCUGUCUGGACGUGGCCAUAGUUUUCAUCAUCUACGAGGAGGUGGUCAAGGUCCUGAAUGCCGUCUGGAAGAUGGACUGAAGAGUGUCCCGCUUCCUGCUUUCCUGGGAAACAGACACAGAUCCAAGUUUAGUUAAAAAAAAACACAGCUGUAUCGUCAAACUUAGAGCGGAGUGUGUCGAGGCGAACAAAGCUGAACUUAGAUCAGUGUCUCCUGGAGGAGACAGGAAGUUAGAGAGCUCACAAGAGCUGAAAGAGAAAGAGCGAGUGUGACAAACGUUUAGACAGCUGUGGAGCCUUGGUGGACUGCUGAUGAGUCACACAGGUUCACAAUGUAGGUUUAUCAUACAUUGACAAGUCCUACAUCAAUAUAUUAGUAAAAAAAACUUAUUAACCUGGUUAGUUUUUCAAGUUACUUUUCAAAUAUUUACAUUUUUGUCCAGCCUUGUUUCACCAACUAAACUUAACUCUUUCGGUGAAAAGUUGUUUUUUCGCAGCUGGUAUACUGAUAUGCUAAUCCUACCCAGUACAAUACACAGCUGUCAUACUGAGGUAGAUUUUAAAUGAGUAUUACUCUGUGUUGUGCCUACGAUGGCGCUGUUUACACUCACAAACAACUGUAGUGGCUUCCAUCAACAAGCCUUUAUUAGAAUGAUUUUGCAGUUUUAAUACAACAUUUAUUUUUAUACUAUGUUCUUAAUUUAUUAACAGCAUUAGAGAUGUAUUAAUAUAUUUUAUUCAUGUGCCAAAAGACCAACCUGAUAC